GUCAUCCAGCAGAUCCAUGCGAAGUUUGGCGCACCCUUGUGGCAGAUUCUACAGGACCCCGAGGAUGAUGGGUUCCGCGACUUCCAGAGGCGCCCCUUCAUGAUCCUGGGCAUUGACGUUUACUGUACCUUCGGGGGAGCUCGGUGGCUGGGCAUCUGUGCGACUUUGGACAAGGUUUUCUCUCAGUACCACUCCAUGGCAGCCGAGUUGGAAAACGGAUCCGUGCAAACGUGGAGGACCAGCUUGUCAGUGGAACUGCAGCGCCUCUUCCGUGAUGCGCUCAGUGCCUUCACUGACUGCAACGACGGUAUCCUGCCAGAAACUAUCGUCGUGUAUCGUGCAUCAGUGAACCAAAAGGAAUGGCCGCUGGUGGAUGCGAUUGAGGUGCAGGCGCUGCUUCAAGUUCUGAAUGCCGCUGCAAAGCUCCGGGAAGGAUAUGUGCCCAAAAUUGUGAUGCUCGGCAUUGCACGGAAGGCAAACAUGCGGAUCUUCAAGAGUGAUGAGGGGACCAUCAGGAACCCUCAUCCAGGUACAGUUGUGGAUGACCCUGCAGUUUGUCCUGGUCCAACCCCGGAGUUCUACAUGAUUAGCCAGGCCAUUGGCAAAGGCAGCGCUGUCCCAACACACUACUCGCUAUUGCUUAACAAGGCUGAGAUGCCUCUGCAGUUGAUCGAGAACCUUACCAAUCGGCUGUGCCUCAUGUAUUAUAAUGUUCCAUCCAGUGUCCGAGUGCCGGCACCGGUCCUCUAUGCUACAAAGAUUGCAUACUUCUGUGGCAGCGUGAUCAAGAAGCCGCCUAGACCGCGUCUCCAGCGGACCCUGUUCUUUUUGUGA